UUUUACCAGGAAAACAGUUACUUGAAGGUCGGUUUUUCCGGUUAGUUCAAUUAUCUUUUUAACACAGGUGACAGAGUGACAGCUAACGAAAUUCGAAAUUUGAAAAAAGUCAAAAAACGGCAGUAUUCAUAUUGAUCAUAUUGCAAUAUGGAGGAUAUUAUUUUGAAUGCUCUAUGUACCUGUUUCCAUUGCCACCAAGAAAUAGGUUCCUUAAACGAACUCUUAGGAGGUGUAAGUCAUGAAUGCUUCCUACAAUAUGACGAAGUUACCUUUGAUCAUGGAAGUCAUAUUGCAAAAGGCGUUUUUAAACGUUCAGAAGAACAGGAGAAUGUCCGAGCUACUACAAACUCCAGUUCCAGUAGCUCUAGUACCAUUACCCAAUGGACAGAUUCAGCUAUUAAACUUCUAAUUUCCACGUAUGAGGAAUGUGUAGAAUCAUUUUCGUCGCCCCAACAUAAUAAGAAGACUGUCUGGGCUAAGAUAAGCCGAAAACUAGAAGCGAAUGGUGUUCAUAUAAAAGGCAGAAAGUGUGAUGAGAAGUGGAGAAACCUCAAGAAAAAAUAUGAAGUAGUGAGAAGAGAGAAUGAAAAAACUGGAAAUUCAACUGUUAAUUGGAAGUAUUUUGAUGCACUGCAUAGUAUUUACUGAAAAGAUCCACAAUUUUCUCCUCUGACCACAGUGAGUAGCACAGGACAAAUUAGAAUGCAGCAACCAGAAACUCCCACAAGUUCCAGAUCCAAGUACUCUCCAGUAGGACUGGAUCCGGGGAUCACGAACACUUCGAAGAAAAUGA